AUGUUGCCUCAAAACAAGGACCAGGUGCUGCUACAGAACGCAGCGCCCCCUGGGCACCCCCCUCUGGGCCCCUCUCAACUUGGGCACUCCCCACCCAGCAACCUACCGCCUCUGCCUCCCCCGCGACCACCCCCUCUCUCCCACUCCCCUUGCUCCCCUCCACCACGGCCACGCUCUCCAGGCUCGCACUUCUACUCUUCUGACUCAAAUUCUGACUUUAUCCUACACCCUUACUCUUCCUCUCUCCCAAGUUCCCCCAGUUUCUUUCAUCAGAAUUACCUCUCUCUUUCCUGCCCCCCCUCUUCCUCGCCCUCCCACCAGCUGUACCCCUCCCCUACUCACACGCAUUCCUCCUCUCCCUCUCAGCUACAGAACACCUCUCUCCCCCACUCUCAUUGCCAGUCUCCUUCCCCCACAGGAGACCGCCCUAGCUCCACCGUCACUUCCCCGACCCCCAGCCUACCUUCUGGUGGGGUCCACUCAAACAGACAGACAUCGCCCUGGCAUCAGUACGGGGACACCAGCUCCCCUGAGGCGGCGGGGGAAUGCGUGGCAAGCGAGAGGAACCCUGCAGAGUUCAGGGACCCGGGAGCCCUGGCCCAAGCCCUGGUGGCCCAUCUGGGGCACCGGCGCAUUGCACACGACCUGCGGCUCCUGCUUUUGCAGCGCCUGUGGCUAGGGAGAACUGGCCAGGCCCCAGUUGUAGAAUAUCCCAUUUGCCUGGUGUGCCUCAAGCCGCGCAGCCCCUCUUGCCCCAUCCCCAGGUACAGGACUGGACCCCGGCUGCUUGCCUUCCCCCAGCUACUGCCCUGUGCACAGGGCCAGGAAUCCGGACCACUCCGCAUAGGUAUUGGUUUUGGCCUCCGCCUGCCUCGGGGCCAGGCCAGGGCCUUGCAUCUCUUGCCAGAAAGAAGGCCAGAGGAAGCAGGGCCUCAGGGCAAGGCUGCUCAGGCCCAUGGAUAUCAAACCCGGGCAUCCCACGCUCCAGCAGCUCAAGCAGCAGUGGCUCAGGCACGGGCCCAUCCAGCCCGGGGCACAUCCUCCCAGGCCACGAGUCUCAGAUCUACAGGCCUUCAGUCACCAAACUCUAUGCGCUUUUCAGGGCCUCUACCUCAGGCACCCAAACAAGCCACUGUCUCCCUGAAACCCAGGCCUUUCUCUGUGUCCAAGGGGCCUGCCUCUCCAGAGCCCAUUCUCCAAAAGUCACCACCCUAG